CUUCCGUGCAGUAAAUUCCUUCAUUAAGUUUUCUAAUAUCAUAUAUGCUGAUUAAGUAGCCUGUAUUGUGGUGCGCAGAUGUCAAAAUUUGCUUAUCAAUAGUCUGUUUAAUGAGUGGGAUACUCAGUUGCCGCAUGAUACGUUCGCGCCAUUUGCCAUGGCUGUGGUCUGCUUGACGCCACUCACAACUUCAGUUAAGGUGUGAAUCGUUGCCAGGGAACUGCAGUAAAUUCUCGCAGACUCGAUUUAUUGUUUGCGUGAAGGAAAGAACAUGGAUAUGGUGGAAACAACCGAAGAAAACGACUUGGAUCUUUUCGGCGAAGGCUUUAGCGGAAGUCGAUCGAGCCCUUUAGAAGAAUCUAGUCCGUCUGAAAACCGGGAUCAAGUAUGCAGUAUUUGCAGUAUGAAGUUCACGAAUCCCCGUGUUCUGUCAUGCCUGCACGUCUUCUGUGAAUCGUGUAUCGAUAAGUUACUUAUUGAUGAGUCUGGAGAUUCUGGAAAACGGGACAGUAUUGUUACAUGUCCGAAGUGCAAGCAGGAAACAAAAAUAGCAGGAUCAAAGGGAGCUUCCUCUCUUCCAUGUGACUAUGUCCUUACAAAUAUAUUGGACAUGUCUGCUAUUGAAAGCACUGCCGUAUUAUGCACGAGCUGUAAAGCAAAAGAAAAAGCUGUAGCUCGUUGCUCAGAUUGUGCCCACUUCCUUUGCCCUAACUGCAACACAGCACAUCAGUUUAUGCGCUGCUUUGAAAAUCAUCAGGUAGUACCAUUUGAGGAUUUACGAAGCUCAAGAGAAGUUGUCCCCAUACACAAACCAAUAUUUUGUGACACUCAUCCAGCUGAAAGUCUGAAGUUCUAUUGUUUUAAGUGUCAGAUGCCUAUAUGUAACAAUUGCAUGGUGAGUGACCACAAAGCACCAGAACAUCAUUAUGAGUGCCUAGCAGAUGCAGAGGAGCAGCAGAAGGACGAAUUAAAAAGUCUCAUGGCAGAGAGCAAGUCAAAAAUAGAGUUCUGUGAAAGUGCUUCAAACCAUUUAGAAAGUGCUUUAGGUGAACUGCAGAUACAGCAUGAUAAUGCCAAAGAUCUGAUUCAUGAAACAUUUCAUAGUUAUAAGGCUGUGCUUGAGAAGUGCAGGGACAAAGCUUUAGAAGAUUUGACUAAGAUACAUAAAUCAAAAGAGUUGAAAAUAAUGGAUACAUAUAACAGCAUUGAAAAGACAAUGGAAAAAAUAAAUGAUGCUUGCAAAUUUACUUCUCGGCUCUUGGAGCAUGGAAAUAUUGUAGAAAUUCUGUCGCUAAAGAAGCUUGUUGGAGCUCAGUUGCUUUAUUUAAUCAAUAACACGCCAAAACCAGAUGUAACCACCACAAUUGAGUUCAACACAGAUAUUAAUAAAUUUGAAGAUGCUAUCAAGGCUACUUUUGGAACAUUUACUACAGAGGUUGUAUCCACAUCAAAGGAACUAUCGCCGCCAGCGACCUUGCCAGCACCAGUGCCAUUGACUCUAAAUAAUGUGAUGGCAGCAGCAGGAAUGGGCUUGGUGACAGGUUGCCCAACAACAGUUACCACUACAAGUAGCCCUGUUUCAAUUCAUUCAUCAUUUGAUGGUGAAUUGGCAACUAACUUCACAAUGGCCACAAAUGUUCUCAACCAAGAUGUUGCCCCAGUUGUGCCUCCAAGUACAUUACAUGGAUUUACAAGUAUUCAGGAAUACAAUCUGCAACAGUUGGCAAGCCUUGCAGAGAAAGAGGUUGCAGUCGGUGCCUCUGCAGUAAAUGUAACUAGUACUCAUCCGCCUGCUAGCUCAAAUCCGAGCCCUACUCCAUCAUUCACAUUAGCAGAUCUGUUCUCUGGUGAUUUCAGUUCAACAAACAAUGCAAUCAAUAAUCUUCAAGCGCUUGCAAAAUUGGGGAGUGUCACACUCAACAACCAAGGGCAGAUAGUGGUUACAGGAGACCCUGCAGUAAGCCUGGUGGAUCCACUAACCACAGCAACAGCUGCAGCUGCUGCAGCAACUCACAGCUCUACCCCUACACCACCACCAGCAACUCUCGGAGCUCUGCUUAAUGAUCUGACAAAUGGAUCCCUUAACACAGGUCCUCCAGUUAGUUCUUCUUUGGUUUUGGGACGUGGAGCUUCGCCAAGUCUAGAAAUAAACACUACUAUUGCGUCAGUAAAUGGUGGACCUUACCAGUCACUUUCAGGAUCGCCAUCUCCUAUUUUAUCUCAACCUGAUGAAAUAGUUAAUGACCCAAUUCAUAACAUGCCUUUGCUGGUUGGAACGGGCACAGCUCCUCCACCACCACCACCCCCGAAUAAUUUUCACCAUCCACGUGCAACUCCGGGAAAACUGCCUGCCAUGCACAUCAGACUGAAGUAUGGACAGCUGGGACCUGGAAAGGGGCAGUUCAACUCUCCUCAUGGCUUUUGUUUAGGCACAGAAGAGGAUAUAAUAGUGGCAGACACAAACAAUCACCGUAUACAGGUGUUUGAAAAAACUGGAACAUUCAAAUUUCAGUUUGGUAUACCAGGAAGAGAGGAGGGCCAACUGUGGUAUCCACGUAAAGUGGCUGUAAUGAGAAAUAGUGGAAAAUUUGUGGUUUGUGAUCGUGGCAAUGAAAGGUCUCGAAUGCAAAUUUUUACAAAAAGUGGCCAUUUUGUGAAGAAAAUAGCAAUCAGGUACAUAGAUAUUGUUGCUGGACUGGCAGUUACAUCACAGAGUCAUAUUGUUGCAGUGGAUAGUGUGUCCCCAACUGUCUUUGUUAUAUCAGAAGGUGGUGAACUCAUUCAUUGGUUUGACUGCAGUGAAUAUAUGAGAGAACCAUCAGAUAUUGCAAUCAGUGGUAAAGAGUACUUUGUAUGUGAUUUUAAAGGACAUUGUGUUGUGGUAUUCAAUGAAGAAGGCCAGUUUUUGCGUCGCAUUGGAUAUGAAAACAUUACAAAUUUUCCCAAUGGAAUAGACAUAUCAGAUGCCGGUGAUGUUUUAGUUGGUGAUUCCCAUGGAAAUCGCUUUCAUGUGGCUGUGUUCUCAAGAGAUGGUGUUUUGCUAUCAGAAUUUGAAUGCCCCCAUGUCAAGGUGUCUCGUUGCUGUGGCCUAAAGAUCACGUCAGAGGGUUAUGUGGUCACUCUAGCUAAGAACAAUCACCAUGUGUUGGUUCUCAAUACACUUUAUAUAAUGUAGAAAAUCAUUAGUGAUUGAAAAAUGAAAGGACAAUAGCUGUUGUGAGUAAGCCACAAAUUAGAUUUUAGUUCAUUCGAAUUACAGGGAGUUAUAGAUGAUCUCGCAUUAAAAUGCUAAUGAUUAUCAAUAGCCAGUCAGGUAAAGAACAAUAGAUCUUUAUUGUGAACACUAUUGCCUGUUUAGGCUGUAAAUUGUUUCAGAUGAAUGUGGGGGGGAAUAUAUUUAGUAUAGGCAGAAGUCUAUUUUAAAACUGAUUGAUAAACUGUAUUAUUGUGGAAGUGCAUUUAGCAAAUUAUCCAAAUAGACAAA